UCUCUUUUACCCACCCUGGUUUCUCCGCCCCUCUGCCCUCCCCACAAGUCCUCCUUAGGUCCACACAGUUCCCACACAGGCCGUCUCUCCGCUCCUCCCGGAGGCUUCUUCAGUCGGCGGUAGCGAGCUGAGAAUGCCGCCAAAGAGCCAAAAGGCGAAGAAGAAGUGCUUGCCGACGAGGAAGCCCCACUUCUUCAAAGUCCUUCUGGGUGACUUCGCACAGCGGCUGAGGAUUCCACCAAAGUUCUUGAAACAUAUUUCUAGCGUAGGAUCCAAGAAAGCCAUCCUGCAGGGCCCCAGUGGAAGCAAAUGGCAUGUGGAACUAGGCAAAGACAUGAAGGACACAUUCCUGACGACCGGAUGGCCCAAGUUCGUGAAGGACCACUCCCUUAGAGAAUACGAAUUCCUCGUUUUCCAGUAUGACGGAGACAUGCGCUUCACCGUCUUAAUCUUCGACACGAGUGCGUGCGAGAGAGAAGAUGCUUUUGCGGUCAGACCACGGAGAAAGCCCCGUCAAUGUGAAGGGAAAAGGAAGCGCGGUAGGCCACCGAAGCAUUCGCCCGAAGUCGGCUGCACCAUCAAGAGCGAAGCUAUCGAACAUGGCAUGAGCUUGGAGCUUCUGAAAGAUGAUGUCCAGCUACCUAAUUUAUUACAGAUUCAACCUUUUCAACAGGCAGAAAGUGGCCUGCCAUAUCCUGCUCCUGCCUGUGAUGUCAAGGUUAAAAGAGAAGAGUCUGAGCUUCUGAUCAAUAUUCUUCGCAACACAACGAAACGCAGCAAAGGUGGUCGUAUCUCGACGAGAAGGCCUCUGACUGAAAAAGAAAGGUUGAGAGCAGAGGAAGCUGCCAAUUCCUUCACCUCGGCAUUUCCUUACAUUGUUAUGCGCAUGGCACCAUCGCAAGUUUACAGACCAUACAUGAGGAUUCCUAAGUGGUUCUCGCGGGAGCAUCUCCCACCGAAAAGAUCAAAUCUGGUGCUCCGCGACCCGUGUGGUAAGUCCUGGAUUGUGACCUACAUUCCAAGCUUGAGGUGCCAAAUAUCUAGAGGAUGGUCCGUCUUUGCACGCACCAACAAACUGGAGGAAGGAGACUACUGUGUAUUGGAGCUCAUCGGACCAAUCGAGCUCCGAGUGCACAUUUUCAGGGCGGUGGAGGUGGAGGAAACUCUGCAGAUAGCUAUGACUCCAACAACGUAGGAGCGGAAGUCAUGACAUUUUGCCCUUCCAUGUUUUCGGAGAAACUACACAGAUUGGAAGCAGGGAAGAAGACAUGAUUAAGAUUUGAACUAUCAAGUCUGAUUCAGUUAGUCGGACUUGCUUGUAGAUAAUCCAAUCAAACUGGAACUUCUCAAACAGCCUGCUAUGAUCAAUUGAAGUAUAUCGUGGUUUUUGUA